AACUGACACCGGCAUCGUACAUAUCCCUCGUCGAACUUACAACCACAUACUCUCCACGCAGCUGGUCUGCCACUCAUCGGUCUCGAUAAUCCAUAAUCCCCUCACUGUUGCGCAAGCAGACAGCAACUCACCAUACAUCAACAACAUGGCUUCUCUGGUAGCAGACAUGUCGUCCUUCGACUUCACCUUCCCCUCCUGCGAGCCGGUCACCCCGCCGAGCUUUACCUUCGACCCGUCUCUGCUCGAGAUUUCCUACAAUCCCGGGCAUGCUCGCUCAAGCUCGUAUGGUUCCGUCUACUCCACCACCGAGACGUCGCCCUCCAACUCGGUCAGCACGCGUGUCAGCACGCCGUCGCGAUCUCCUCCACCAAUUCGUCAACAUGGACCCAUCCUGUUGCCCAAGAUCCGGUCUCAGGACCAAGCCAUUGACUGCUCCCCGGCAAAGCGGGUCAAGAGGUCGCCUAAGCCGGCGGCUACUGCCAAAUCUAGCCGCCAGGGAGGUUACUGCACCUCGCACACCCGGAGCUUCACCAACCCGGAGACCCUGAACCACUUUUCCAACUCUUUCUUCGCCCCAUCCGAGGAUCAGAACGCGUUGUGCCAGUCGCUGCUGUGCUCCCCUGUUGUCUUUCCUCAAGACGACCCGCACUCGCGCCGUGCCUCAACUUGCAGCCUGGACGGCUCCUCCCUGGAGAAGUUCGGAUUCCCAACCUACCGCCAGAUGCCAAAUUACGUCCCGGCCGUCUCCCAAGAGCAAUUCAUGUACACCCAGUACGCAACUCGCGCACCAUCGCCAUUGAGCAUGGCAUCCACCCCGGAUCCCACUCCGUCCACGACCUUGAUGACCUACCUCACGAGUUCCAACCCGGCACCAUCGCUUGUCCGCACCAUCUCCUUCCCCAUGCGCGACCCGAACACCAAGCACUUCUGGUGGGACGUGCGCCAAAUCCGCCCCUGGACCGCUUUCAAUGCCUCCACCAUCCUUUCCCUGCCCGGCGCCUCCACCUUACUCAACUGCCCCGUCCCGGCCCCCUUACUCCAACAACCCCCGAUCUCAUCCCGCCACCCUGAGACCGAAGCCGCGCUGCACAGCAUCUACACCUCCUACUACGUGCCCAAGCUCAACGCCGCCCUGGCGCUCUCCUCUCAGCGCCCCCUCCAGCUCAACGCCUCCACCUCCAAGACUGCCUCCCCCAACGACCACGUCUUCACAGCCAACGUGGCGGGUGAGUCAGCCUCAGCGGCGGCCAUGUUCGGCGGCAAGCCGACAGCUCGCGUCGUCGGGCUCGUCAAGAGCUUCGACCGCUUCAACACGGGCAUGCGCGUCGAGGGCAACAUCAAGCGCGUCGAAUACCUGCGCGGACUGGCGCACCUGCACCACGUCAUGCGCGAGCACGGGUGUCGGUACGGCUUUAUCCUAACUGAGAUCGAGCUCGUCGUCGUGCGCAAUGGCGGGGAAGGAGUGCCGCAUUUCGGGUACCUCGAGGUCGGCAGUGUGCAGCUAGGUGCCUCUGCUGAUGAUGACGAAAAUGAGGAACACAUGCCACUGACGGCUUGUCUUGCCCUUUGGGGCCUCUGCAUGAUGGCUUUGGACAAGGCGGCCCCCGGGCACGCGCACUGGAAGGCGGAGAUUGGAGCCCCGGCCGAGGGGACGAGGCGCAAGGCGCUGCCGAGGGAUGAGUGGAUGCCGUUGCCGCAGUUGGCGGAGAAGCGGGAGGCCAAGAGGGCGAGGGGGUGGGUGUUGCCUGAGGAUGCGGUCGGGCGCAAGGAGCUUGGGAAGAGAGGGGUUAGAUAUGGGAGUUGCUAGAUGUUAGACUUGAAGGGCGAAGAGGGAAAAAAUAAAGGAGCAGAAAGGAAAAAACUGCUUUGCGAGCUUCUCUUUGGCCGGUCCAAAGAAGGGGCUCGGGAGUUGGUUAAUGAUCAUGUUAAUGAGGGAUGACGACGGGCAUAGAGGUCAUGGGCGCUUGAGAAAAAAAGAAAGGAUAUUUCAUCGCAUUGCUUUGGAAGGAUAGGUGGAUGAUGGUUGCAUUGACUUGGUAUAUAUGCGAAUAGUUAUUGUUAAUCCU